AUGACAGUGAGAGUGGAAGGAAAAGCCAGAUACUGUGGGCCUCUGGUGAGAGCUCUGGAGAGCUCCUUGAAAACAAGGUUUGCAGAGGUUUUCAGUGCAGUCAAGAUACCAGGAUGUGAGCCGGCUGAAGGAAGAGGCCCCACCAAAUUUCCUUUCACCAAUGCCUACUUCAUAGCAUCUGUGUUGGACCCAGCAUUUGGCUUCCAGCGGCUAGAACAUGAUGUGCAGCUGGACAGUGACGUCAAAGAUGUGCUGAAGACUGAGAUCAAAGAGUAUAUAAAGGCAGAGGGUGACAAGCAAGCGGUAUCAACAGCAGAUGCAGCGGAAGCAACAGGACCAGGGGAAGGUGAACUUUCAGAGUCUCCUCCUGAGAAGCAGUUGAGAAUGUUCUCCCACUAUAGGAGGACUCCCUCCUCCACCGAGAAGAAGCCGUCUGGCCAGGCUCAGUUGACUGCAUACCUCAACUUGAUCGCUGAGCAGGACUCUGACUCAGUCCCGUGCCUCAGGUUUUGGCAGCAAAACAAAUCCAAAUUCCCUACCCUCUAUCAGAUUGCCACACAGGUAUUCUCUAUCCCUACCUCCAGUGCACCCAUUGAAAGGGUAUUUAGUCAUGGAGGCAUUUUGAUGAGGCCUCACCGUGCAAGGUUGAGUAGUUCCAUGCUGUCAGAUCUUAUGUUUUUGAAAUGAGACGUG